GCCUGUGAGAUCCUCCCUGAGGCACCGUGUUAUCAUUUUAUCUGCAGGUAAAAAGUCCGGCUGCAAUCGUCCUUACUCUAGAGGCGGCAGAUUACUUGCAUCCCCAUGUUAUGCUGUUACCUAUCAGAGGGUUGGACAACCUAAUGUUUUCAGAUGACCAGGUGAACACCAAAGAGAUGGUUUCCUAAGCAAGGCUUUUUAACCUGAUCUACAAUGGAAAAACUGUUCGGUUAUCUGUUGUUCAUUGGCAUGGCGGUGAGAGCUGAGAUCUGUCCUAAGCGCUGUACCUGUCAGAAUUUAUCUCCAAAUCUUGCAACCUUGUGUGACAAGAAAGGAUUGCUCUUCAUCCCACCAAACAUCAACCGAAAGACUGUAGAGUUACGACUAGCAGAUAAUUUUGUUACAAGUAUAAAAAGGAAGGAUUUUGCUAAUAUGACAAGUCUGGUGGACCUGACACUUUCAAGGAAUACAAUAAGUUACAUUACACCUUAUGCAUUUGCUGACUUACGCAAUUUAAGAGCAUUGCAUUUGAACAGCAAUCGAUUGACUAAAGUCACAAAUGAUAUAUUUAGUGGGCUUUUGAACCUCCACCAUUUGAUACUCAACAACAACCAACUGACAUUAAUUUCAUCUACAGCCUUUGAUGAUGUUUUAGCUCUAGAAGAGCUUGACCUGUCUUAUAAUAACCUUGAAACCAUACCUUGGGAAGCGGUGGAAAAGAUGGUCAGCUUACACACUCUUAGCCUAGAUCACAACAUGAUUGAACAUAUCCCAAAGGGUACUUUUUCCCAUUUACACAAGCUAAAUAGAUUAGAUGUGACAUCAAACAAACUACAAAAAUUACCACCAGAUCCACUCUUUCAGCGAGCUCAGGUGCUAGCAACCUCAGGGAUAAUAAACCCUUCUAUAUUUGCAUUGAAUUUUGGUGGAAAUCCAUUACAUUGCAACUGUGAAUUAUUAUGGCUGAGGCGCCUCAUCAGAGAGGAUGAUUUGGAGACAUGUGCUUCUCCUCCCCUUCUUUCGGGACGAUAUUUCUGGUCCAUCACAGAAGAAGACUUUUUAUGUGAGCCACCACUUAUUACAAGAUAUACACCAGAUGUUGAAGUUUUAGAAGGCCAAAGAGCAGUUUUAAAAUGUAAAGCACUUGGUGACCCUGAGCCAGCAGUACACUGGAUAUCCCCAGAAGGCAAGUUAAUAUCUAAUGGAACACGGAUUCUGGUAUAUGACAAUGGAACACUGGACAUUCUUAUAACAACAGUCAAAGAUGGUGGUCCUUUUGCAUGUAUUGCUUCUAACCCUGCAGGCGAAACAACCAAAACAAUCAAUCUUCACAUAAUUAAACUUCCCCACUUAGUUAACAGUACAAACCAUAUUCAAGAGACAGACCCCGGAUCAUCAGACAUCUCAACUUCAACUAAAUCUGGUUCAAAUGCUAGUAGCAGCAAUGGUGAUACAAAAAUGAACCAAGAUAAAAAGGUAGUAGUUGCAGAAGCAACAUCGUCAACUGUACUUAUUAAGUUCAAUUUUCAAAGAAAUAUACCUGGAAUUCGGAUGUUCCAAAUCCAGUAUAAUGGCACAUACGAUGAUUCCCUAGUUUACAGAAUGAUACCUCCGACAAGCAAGACAUUCCGUGUUAAUAAUUUAGCUUCGGGUACUGUCUACGACCUGUGUGUCCUGGCAAUUUACGACGAUGGCAUCACAUCACUCACAGCCACAAGAGUGGUUGGUUGCAUCCAAUUUACAACUGAACAAGAUUACGUCCGUUGUCAUUUUAUGCAGUCCCAAUUCUUGGGAGGUACCAUGAUAAUUAUAAUAGGUGGAAUUAUUGUCGCAUCUGUCCUCGUUUUUAUAAUUAUCUUGAUGAUUAGGUAUAGGGUUUGCAAUGGUAAUGGGCAGCACAAAGCAACAAAGGUCAGUAAUGUGUAUUCCCAAACAAAUGGCUCUCAGAAUCAAAGUUGCAGUGCAUCAAUGCCACCUUCAGCUUCCAAGCAGAUUGUUGACAAGGAUGAGAGUGUGCAAUGUUGCAAGUCUUCUGACAGAGGGGCAACAACUUCUGACACGUGCUCAAGCCAAGGUGCUGCCAAUACUACCUCUGCUUUGCCUCAUACGUGGACUUCAAAUACUUCUUCACUUAAGCAGAACAGAAAACCUUCCUUAAAACCUGCAGACUCACAUACUGACACAAUUUUAAAUAUGGAAUCCCAAAACACAAAUAGAAAUAAUUCAACUUCUCUUCGUUUAUCUAGUCAUCCUCCCGGAUCUACAAAAGUGGCACCAACAUAUAAAAGAGCACAAUCAAAGCAAACUAAGUUUCUUACAUUACCUGCAGAAACUUCUAGGGCAAAGCGAAGGUACUCUCUAAAUGGUGAAACAAUGGAGUACCACUGUUAUGUAAACUCUCGCAACACAGGCGGUCUGUGGUCUAAGCGAAGCAUGUCCAUGAAUGGGAUUCUGGUUCAAUCAGACACUUCGGACAUGGACAGUGGCAAAGCAACAUUUUCAAGUUCUGAGUGGAUAUUGGAAAGCACUGUGUGAUUAGCUCCAUCUACUUCUAAUAAGAGAACAUACUCUAUAAUUGUGAGCACCAUACCGAUAAGAAAAUAUUUUGUCAAUGUUUUCAUUUUGGCUUUUACAAACAGGGUUGUGUAACAGCCACCUGCACAUUUCUGUUUGCUUUUUAUUGGUGAUAAACAUAAAACAAGAAAAAUAUUGAACUGUGAAGUAAAGUACAUGAAAACAGCACCAGUGCCUUCCCUUCCUAUAGGACUGGCUUCCUGGUUCUGCUACAGCAGAAAAAAACAUGACUGAGUUCACAAAAAAAGCCUUUCAUAUGGGAAAAUUCCUUCAAGCUUUCAACAUACUAAUAUGUUUAAAAAAAAGACCAAUUAUGGAAGAAUUAGUAAAAAAAAAAUAUUUUUUAAAAGACCAGACUGCAUUUAUUUUUGAGUGACAAUGAUGUUGCCUUUAUUUUGAGGCAAAUGCUGUACAGAACAACAACUUCUGUGUUGUUAUGUUGUGUAAAAUAA